AUGACGAUGGCUGCGGCAGGCUCCCUCAAGGGAGUGGGAGUUCCCAUCAAGUUGCUACACGAGGCCACGGGGCACGUGUGCACGGUGGAGCUGAAGAGCGGCGAGAUCUACCGGGGCGAGAUGUAUGAGGCGGAGGACAACUGGAAUGUGCAGCUGUCAAACGUGCAGGCCACGGGGCGCGAUGGCAAGGUGACCCACAUGGAGCACAUCUUCAUUCGCGGCGGCCGAGUGCGCUUCGUCAUAGUGCCAGACAUGCUCAAGAAUGCGCCCAUGUUCAAGCGGAUCGACCCCAAGAACAAGAUGAAGUCUGCGGUACUGGGGGUGGGCGGGCGCGGGCGCGCGGUGGCCGACCGGGCAAACCGCAAUGUCGGCCGCAUUUGA